AGGCGCCAUGAGGUCGGUGUUCGUGACGGUGGGGACCACUCGUUUCGAUGAGCUCGUCGCCUGCCUGUCCGCCAUUGAAGGCGUCCGGACGAUUGAGGAUCUGGGCUACAGGCGGCUCGUCUUGCAGAUUGGGAAAGGGACAGUGGCUCCCGAGCCCUUCGCUUCGGCCGAGUUCACCCUGGAGGUUUACAGGUACAAGGACUCGCUGAAAGAAGACAUUCAGAAAGCCGACCUCGUCAUUAGUCACGCAGGUGCAGGGAGCUGUUUGGAGAUCCUCGAGGCGAAGAAACCUUUAGUGGUGGUUAUAAAUGACAAGCUGAUGGACAACCACCAGUUGGAGCUGGCCCAGAAACUGCACCAAGAGGGGCAUCUCUUCUACUGCACUUGCAGUACACUUCUGGAGACUCUGAAGACAAUGGACUCGUCAACCCUGAAGAGUUUUCCUGCCGGCCAGCCGGAAAAAUUUUCCGCCUUCCUGGAUGAGGUAGUUGGAUUUCACAGAUGUGGGCGGGGCUACGGGUCGCGUGCCGCUAAGAGGGCGGGGCCAGUCGCCCUCGUGCACCUGGAGUGGGCGGGGCUAAGGGCCUGCGUGCGUCAGGUGGGCGUGGUUACGGUGGGCGGGGCCAAGGCCCCGCGUGCCUCAAGUGGGCGUGGCUACGGGUCGCGCACCACCAGGUGGGCGGGGCCAGUCACCCUCGUGCACCUGGAGUGGGCGGGGCUAAGGGCCUGCGUGCGUACGGUGGGCGUGGCUACGGAGCGGGCGGGGCUAGACGCUCUCGUCACCGAUGUGGGCGGGGCUAAGGGCCCGCGCGCCAAUAGGAAGGCGGGGCUAGCCGCUCGCGCGCCGCCGGGGGGCGGGGCCAGACGCCCUCGCGCCCGCGGAGUGGGCGGGGCCAAGUCUGUGUCCCUUGGUCCCCCGCAUCUCCCUCCCGCGCCUUUCCCGCCCUCUCUCCGUGCCCCCGCACCCCCAUUUUCCGUCGGUCUCCCUCACCUGCCCCGCGGCAAGAUGCAGAAGGGCUGGAAAAAGUAUUUCGGCCAGAAGUCCCCGAACGAGGUGGCCAUGGACGACUACCUGGCCACUUUGGGCCUGUACCGCAAGCUGACGGCCAAGGAUGCCUCCUGUCUCUUCAGGGCCAUUUCGGAGCAGCUGUUCUGCUGCCAGAUCCAUCACAUGGAAGUCAGGAAGGCCUGUGUGUCGUUUAUGAAGGAAAACCAACAUGACUUUCAGUGUUAUGUAGAAGGAUCUUUUGAAAAAUACCUGGAACGUCUGGGAGAUCCAAAGGAAAGUGCUGGUCAACUGGAAAUCAGAGCUCUUUCUCUAAUCUAUAAUCGUGACUUCAUUCUGUACCGAUACCCUGGAAAACCUCCAACCUACGCCACAGAUAAUGGUUGUGGAGAUAAGAUUCUCCUCUGUUGUUCCAGUAAUGGCCAUUACGACUCUGUGUACACCAAACAAUUUCAAACAGAUGCAGCUAUCUGCCAAGCUGUGCUCUAUGAGAUUCUGUAUAAAGAUGUAUUUGAUGUGGAUGAAGAAGAGCUGAAAACAGCCCUGGAGACAUUCCGGAAUGGGGCCAAGAAAAACAGAAACAGUGCCUCCACGGGAAGUGAGGAUGCCUUCACUGACAGUAAAAAUUCACCUGAAAACAGGUUGGAAGAUUGGGGAUGCAGCAGCACUGUUGAGAACGUGCCUGACAAAUACAAACAAGGAGCAGAAGCAAAGCUUCCUGAAAAUCCAACAAAGAUGCAUUUCCCUUUUAAAGUGCUUAAAGCUCUGGACCCGGAGAUCUAUCGAAAUGUUGAGUUCGAUGUUUGGUUGGACAGCAGGAAAGAACUUCAAAAAACUGAAUACAUGGUGUUUGCUGGGAGACAGUACUAUUUAGGAGACAAGUGUCAGGUGCGCUUGGAGCCAGCGGGCAGGUACUACAAUGCACACAUUCAGGAAGUUGGGAGUGACAACAAUUCAGCCACUGUCUUCAUUGAGGAGCUGGCAGAAAAGCAUGUUGUUCCCCUGGCCAACCUAAAGCCAGUGACCCCCGUGACACCUGUGCCUGCGUGGAAUGUCAUUCCCAGCCGGAAAGGAGGCAGCUACCAGAAAAUGUCUGGGGGCUACAUCUCUGAGAUGGGUUUGUAUGAGAUGGAUCUGAAGUCCCGGAAAAGGCUGUUCAAGAAGGUUCGUGGGAAGGAGGUCUACAUGACGGUGGCCUACACCCGAGGGCAGCCCGCCCUCCCUCCCAGACUCCAGCACAACAUUCCUUCGGGACGCGCUCCUCCGAUGCACUGCCUGCAGGGCACUGGCACCAUCGCCUCCUUCGAGCCCUUCCGGACUCAGCACCCCCCUCCACGUCAUGGCCAGGGGUUUGGCAUCCCCAGGGGGUCGACUCGAUUUAUUAACCGGCAAAAUAUAGUGGGCCCUGAGGUUGCCUUCUAUUCUAGCCCAGCAAAGAGGUGUUACCAGAGCUAUGACAACUUUUCCUACAGAUCCCGCUCCUACAGCCGAAGUCGCCGGCAGAUGCACUGUGUGAAUAAAGAGUGCCAAUACGCCUAUGUCCCAGAGAAUGGAGAGGAUCCCAGGGGCUUGGAAGAAACUAUCACCUUUUAUGAAAUAGAAGAAGGAGAUGAGACCGCUCUGCCUAGUCAAGGCAGUCAGACUCCAAUGGUCCCGGGGCCGACAGGAUUUUGGGUAGCGAGACGGGGCCCUGGUCCCAUUCCUCCUGGCAAACAGACUUUGAAUUCCUCAGAGGAAGAAGUAGAUGAGCCAAGUGACAAUGGGGAAUACCAUGAAGAAUAUAUGUACAGUCCUUCAGACCCAGACUAUGAGACUUCGGCUGUCUAUGGCACAGUGGAAUCUACAGCCAACCUGUCUCUGCAGGAGGGAGGGCAGUGCACCAUGUUGCCCCAAGAUGGUGUGGCUUCAUACAGCUACUCCCAGAAGGUGAUGGUGAACUCUGCGGUCAUCUCGACCUCUUCCUGUGCUAGUCCUGUCGCAGCUGCAGUCUUAAACUCCUCAUCAGCCCCCCAAGCUAGCGUCACCUCAUCUGUGGCACCGCAGUCUGUGAUACAGCCUGUCCCUUUGUCGCCAACCCCCGUGGGGAGGUCGGUGUUGGCUCCGUCGACAUCCUUCUACCACCCGGCUCCGGCUGCUGCUCUUGCUUCCCCGCCCGCUCUGGCUGAGGUGGGAGAUGCUGGGAGCCUCCCGCUCCCACCUCCGCCCUACUCCUGUGACCCCAGUGGCAGUGACCUUCCCCGAGAUACAAAGGUUUUGCAGUACUAUUUUAAUCUGGGAUUGCAGUGUUACCAUCAGAACUACUGGCACUCAGUGGUGUACGUGCCCCAGAUGCAUCAGCCGUCGCCUGUAGAGUCCUAUCCAGCCUACGCGGACCCUGGUCCGAUGGUUGACCAGACGGCUGCCCAGCUGUAUAGCGAUGGGGGGAGUGCCGACGGACAACAAGGACCCCUGGAAACAGCAGCCAGUGGUGCCUUUGCCCACAGUGACCCCGCGCCCACCGCCGCCGUGUACUACCCGGUGGUGACGGACCCCUACGGACAGCCGCCCUUGCCGGGCUUCGACUCGUGCGUCUCGGUGAUGCCGGCGUACCACUACGUGGCCCCUUGGGCCCCGGCAGGCCCCCCGUUCGGCUCCCCCCGGGUGCACGGGGCCCUGGCUCCCACCCCUACGCAUCCUUCCGGCUACGUCACGGCUCCGCCGCACUACCUCCCGUAGGGGCCGCGUCGGGCUGGGUUUGUGCGGGGGUGACCCCCUCUGAUGGCUUUCCUUUUGCGGUGAACAGGCAUCCCAGGUUUUUCCCCGUCCUUGUAAAUAAGGAAACUCCAUUCAGUGUGUUUUAAGUGAACGUUCACCACGCUGGAUACGCACCUUCCAGUUUAGAGACGCUUAAGGGGGAUGGAAGGUUUGCCGACCCUCGAGUCGGCGGGGCGGUGUCAUCUGCCUAACACGCGUUGGGGGUGGAAGGUGGGACAGGCCCUAAUCAUCAAGUGCCUGUUUCGGGCUAGUGUGUUGCUGGGUCGAACCGGAAUCCGUUGGUUGUUUUCCUUCAAAACCAGGUGGGGCCCGGGGAUUCUCUCCCUCACCGGGCUCCCCUCUUUUGUGUGCUGUUGAAGCUUGAGAGGCCUCCACCUUCUCAGGACGGCUCCCCAGACCAUCCUCUGGGCACCCGUUCCUAAGGAGCCGCUCGACCCCUGGGUUAAAUUUGUGUGGUAUCGACCAUGGAAGGCAGGAGGUGGUCCGCUCGUAUGCUGUGUUGUACUGUACGCUUUUGGUUGGCUGCAUCCGGCUAAUGCCGUUGUCUCUCUGCACAGUAGACCUGGUAUUUGUUGCACAGAGAGCACUAAAUAAAG